AUGGCUACCGACAAUAGAGUAGAGGAACUGUUGAAAAGACCACUAUAUGUCUACGAUCUCCCCCAGGAACUCCUCGCAUCACUCGCGCUCAAAGGCGAAGACCAGCCCAUAACCGUCACCGAGACAGAAUCUACACCCAAAGAGCCCUCAGACGAAGCGCAAGAACACGCGAUUGCAACCACAACCAGCUGCGCCCUCUGUAAGGUCUCCUUCGCGAACGUCCAAGACCAACGCGAGCAUGUGCGCUCUGACCACCACAAGUACAAUGUGAGGGCGCAGCUUCGCGGAAACGCCGUUCUAGACGAAGUCCAAUUCACAAAGGCGAUCGGGGAGCUCGACGAGUCGAUUUCGGGUUCCGAGUCCUCGGAGGAGGAAGACGAUGAGGGCGGAGACCAGCUGACGGCUUUGCUGAAACGGCAGGCUAAGAUCUCGCAGGCGGCUGGGGAGGAUGAGGAGAGCAUCACACCGAAGGGAGUCGGGAAACAUCCGCUGCUGUGGUUUACGAACCCGGUUCUUCCCCCGAAUACCUCGCUGGGUGUUUACCGGGCGCUGUUUACGAAUGUCGAGCAGGAGGAAAGGAGGCAUCUUGUUGAGUCGCUGAAGAGGAAACAGCUUGUGCCGAUAUAUCCGCAGCAGAAGGGAAAGGAGAAUGGGCAGCCCGCGCCUCCGAGUCCGCAUAUUUUUAUGUGUAUGAUCGGUGGUGGGCACUUUGCGGCGAUGCUGGUUUCGCUGGCGCCUGAGGUCCAUCGGAGGCAGGGUGGUGUUGAGGAGAGACAGGCUCGAGUUAUUGCGCAUAAGUCGUUUCAUCGGUAUACGACUAGACGGAAGCAGGGUGGUUCUCAGUCCGCCAGCGAUGCGGCGAAGGGUGCGGCGCAUUCGGCGGGUUCGAGUCUACGACGGUAUAAUGAAGCCACCUUGGAGAAGGAGAUUAGGGAGUUGUUACAGGAUUGGGGGAAGAUGAUCAACGAGGCUCAGCUUCUGUUUGUCCGUGCUGCUGGGUCUACGAACCGUAGGAUCCUCUUUGGUCAGCAUGAAGGGCAAGUGCUGAAGCAGAACGACCCAAGGUUGAGAGGGUUCCCGUUCAGUACUCGUCGAGCGACUCAGACCGAGCUCAUGAGGUGCUUCAAAGAGCUUACUAGGGUGAAGGUUAGCCAAGUUGACGAAGCUGCUCUUGCUGCUGCGGAGGCGAAGCAACGGGAAACAUCAAAACCCUCUACACCAAAGCCGCAGCCGCAGAAGCCAAAGAUAUCAAAAGAGGAUGAAGAGGCUAUCAUGCAUACUAUACAAAUACAGGCCCUCAUCCGUCGCUCAAAGAUUCCUGCCUUGAUAUCUUAUCUGACCAAGAACUCUAUACCCUCAUCCUUCACAUUCCAACCUCCAGACAUCCAGCAAAACUUCCGGUGUCCCACGCCUCUUCAUCUCGCGUCUAACCUCGAUGCGCCCGCCAUGGUAUUGGCCCUCCUCACCAAAGCCGAUGCCGACCCAACGUCUGCCAACGGAGAAGGAAGGACGCCGUUUGAACUCGCAGGAGACCGCGCUACGCGGGACGCCUUCCGCGUUGCUCGUCACGAACUUGGAGAGUCAAAGUGGGAUUGGGAAGCUGCGAAGGUUCCGUCAGCUAUAUCCAAGGCCGAUGCAGACAGCCGGUCACAAAGAGAGCGAAAGACGGCUGAAGAGGAGGAAGCGAACCGGCGAAAGGCCGAGAUGGAUCGGUUGCGGCAGGAGGAGGAAGCGGCGGCGGCGGCGUCACGCACGACGAAGAAAGGCGGCCGGACUGUGGGUAGUGUAGAAAAGACAGCUCAGGAGAGGAGAGAAGAAGAGAUGCGAGGCAUGACGCCCGAGAUGAGGAUGCGGUUGGAGAGGGAACGACGUGCGAGAGCGGCUGAAGAGCGGAUCCGGAGGAUGCAACAGGGCCAGGGGCGAUAG